GGCAGCUCCGAAGGGAGGGUGGGCCGGAGAAGGAACUGACUGCGAGAGUUAAGAAAGUCCUGCCCAGCUGUUUGCGAACUUUUUAAGAUUUCCUGUUUCCUCUGCAAGGCAGGGCUGGAGCGGGGAAGGCGGGCGGGGGUGAGUCACACACGCCCUCCGCGCAAGCAGCCGAGAGCCGCGGCUGCUGCGGCUGCUGCUGCCUCUGCCGGGGCCUCGCUCGCUCGCUCGCCCGCUUUCCGCCUCGAGGGACCCGCCUUCGUCUCCAGAGGAGCCCCUCGCCUCGCCCCGCGCGCCCCUCGCCGCGCCCGCCUCGCCUCCGCCGCCGAGCAGCCCAGCGCCCCGAGGGAGCUUGACAAUGAGCUGGGCGCCCAAGCACGUUUUGCUGUGGACUCUCUUGCACUGCGCGGCUUGCCCGCUGGCGCGGGGUACAGCUGACGAUCAUUUAUCCAAAAUGCUUGUUGGCAAAUUCAAAAUGGCAGCACUUUGCAAGUUUUGUGACGUGAUACCAACCAGCUGCACGAAUGAGGGCCAUUGCAUGAGCGGCUGUAACAUCACUUCUAUAUGUGCGGAUAAGAAUGAAGUUUGUGCUGCCGUCUGGAGGAAGAAUGAUGAAAACAUAACCUUGGAAACAAUAUGUCAUAAUCCCGCACAAAAGCUGCAUGGGCACAUUUUGAGUGACUACAAUUCGGAUAAAUGUAUAAUGAAAGAGAUGAAGGGAGAUGGUGGUUUGCUGUUCAUGUGCUCCUGCAAAGAGGAAGAAUGCAACAACGAACUUAUUUUUUCAGAUAUCACUGAAAUACCAGACGAAGACGUGAUCAGUGUGAUUUCCAAAGUUGCGCUGAUAAGCCUCGUCCCGCUGCUGGUGAUUGCCAAAGCCGUGAUCCUGAUCUUUUACUGCUACCGUAUCCAGAGGAGGAGGAAGCUGAACAAGGCAUGGGAGAAGAACGUGAAGUCCAGGAAGCAUAAAGACUGCAGCGAUGUUUGCGCCAUCAUGAUGGACGACGACUGCUCUGACAUCAGCUCCACUUGCGCCAAUAACAUCAACCACAAUACUGAGCUCUUGCCCAUUGAGCUGGACACCCUGGUGGGGAAAGGACGCUUCGCUGAAGUCUACAAGGCUAAACUGAAACAGAACACAUCGGAGCAGUUUGAAACCGUGGCGGUCAAGAUCUUCUCCUACGAAGAGUACGUCUCCUGGAAGACGGAGAAGGACAUCUUCUCCGACAUAAACCUGAAGCACGAAAAUAUCCUGCAGUUCCUCACGGCUGAGGAGCGCAAGACGGAUGUAGGCAAACAGUACUGGCUGAUCACUGCCUUCCACGCAAGGGGGAAUUUGCAGGAGUACCUUAUAAAGCACAUCAUUAGCUGGGAGGACCUCUGGAAGCUGGGCGGGUCUUUGGCCCGAGGGAUCGCCCAUCUUCACAGCGAUCACACACCUUGCGGCCGACCCAAGACGCCCAUUGUCCACAGAGACCUCAAGAGCUCCAAUAUCCUGGUGAAGAACGAUUUGACCUGCUGCCUCUGUGACUUUGGGCUGUCGCUGCGGCUGGAUCCCACCCUCUCCGUAGACGACCUGGCUAACAGUGGGCAGGUUGGCACAGCAAGGUACAUGGCUCCCGAAGUCCUGGAAUCCAGAAUGAACUUGGAUAACGUCGAGUCCUUCAAACAAACUGACGUAUAUUCCAUGGCUUUGGUUCUGUGGGAAAUGACAUCUCGCUGCAACAGCGUCGGAGAGGUGAAAGACUACGAGCCGCCAUUUGGUUCUAAAGUACGGGAGCAUCCUUGUGUGGAAAGCAUGAAGGAUAACGUAUUGAGGGACAGGGGACGGCCAGAGAUUCCUAACUCAUGGCUCAACCAUCAGGGCAUCCAGAAGGUUUGCGAGACGCUUGUCGAGUGCUGGGACCACGACCCUGAGGCGCGUCUCACUGCGCAGUGCGUAGCUGAGCGGUUCAAUGAUUUCGAGUACCAGGACACGCUCUCCGGAAGAAGCAGUUCGGAAGAAAAGAUCCCCGAAGAGAGCUCUGUGAACAGUGCCAAGUAACAGCCUGCUGCAAGACAAAACUUCCACGAAACCAAAGAGAGAGAGAAAGAGAGAGGGGCUGCUCUUGUGUUCCAUGUGCACAAGAGUGGAACAGGAAGAGGCGAUUAGUCUCGGAUGCACUUCCUGUGUCACUGAGGUUCCUGCCUCUCCCUCCAUCCCGCAGCUCCAGAGAGGGCGAAGCGGCGUCCUUCGCCGUGUCAUAGGAGGAACGACGCCGUUGCUUCCUGAGAACACGAGACUGUACAAAAUGCCAAGAAUGUUUGCACUUUAUCGAUGCCUGUAGAUAACUAUCAAAGAGCAACUUUAUGUAUGUAGAUAGAGAGAGAGGUAUGUAUAUAAACACACACACACACACACACACACUCAGCAAAUCUCUGCAAAGAGUCUUCCAAGAAACAUAGGUAUAGAUAGGAAAAUCCUACCAGGAAUCGUAUGCAGGACGCCUGCUGUUAUGCUGGCAGAAAAAAGUGUCUUAUUCAUCCCACCGGAGCCUUAAAAACGAAAGCUGCAUGACUUUUAUAUUUCUGCAGUUGGGGGGGGCGGGGGGGGGAAAGGAUUUGGACCAUAUUAGUGCCUCUUUUAACAUGUAACUAUGCAAUGGUUGUUCAGCUGGUUCUUGUAUGUUUAUGAUGCGUUGAUUCAGUGGAUCUUACUGGUCUGAUUCUUCUCCUCCUCCCCCUCCCCCCCUUCUCCUUGAAUUUGGAAAGUUGUCCCCACCCACUCAACUUUCAUGCCUGCGCAAAAGAUCAUUAAUUCCUCUGCCCGUCCCUUUCUUUGAACUUUGCCGUUCACGUUAGCAGCCUGCUUUGGGGAGAGGGCAGGUUCCCCGACACCUCCCCAGCCUCGCUCUCUGAAAUCAGGCAGGGCCCAAUUAUAAUCGAAACAGAUGUUUUGCAUUUGCCGUGCCUUCUGACACAAAGUAGACUCCCCCCCUCCCUCCCUUUUCUGGGAUCGGUAACAUCAUGUCUCGUUUCUUGAGCCCUUAAGUUCACAUUUGAUUUCGUUCCCGGCGCAAAAGGAGGCACAGUACGUGGACGCCUUUCCCUGAGUGUCUGGGUGUCUGCGAUGCCGUGGAAAAAGAUUUGCCCCGCUCUGGAGACAUGCAGCGCUUUCGUUCCCCCUUAACUCGCCAUUGUGAGCAACCCUUGCCUGCAGUCAUCCAGAACUCUGGCAAAUAAGAGCACAUUCCUAAACUGAUCCCCACAGGCAUGACUUACAUUCUUUUAGUCUUCCAAAAUAUUUAGCUUUGGAGCUGGCCUCACCAGGAAUUUUUAAAUGACGGAAUUUUGACCGUCAGUAUUUUCAUACGAGAUCAUCGGAGCUGCUCAAAUUGUGUGGCUCGUCGUGGUUUGGAGGGCUUUCUGUGCCUUGAUGUUGUUUUCUAACAGGGAUUUGCUCCAGAAACAAAAAGUGUAUUUCAAGUGCAAUGUUUUUAUCACACAGGUCACAGAUACAUUUCUUUUUUCUCUCUAGGAACUUUGUGUAUCCAAUAAUAGGGAAUUUGGGGAGGGGGAAGAGAAGUAUAUUCACAUAGGAAUUAUAAAUUUAUGGGGGAAAAUAUUUAUUUUUAAAAGCUUUUUGCAUCUGCUUUUAUAUUAAUUUUUAAAGAAAUAUUUAAGCAUUAAGUGGGGCAGGAGCUCAAUAAUUAAAACGGAGUCGAGGUUUAAUAGCAACAGGCUAUGUACUGAACUGUGGAGCUACUGGAAAGACGGGUUUAUACUGGGAUCAUGUUCCUAAGCAGAUCUGGAGUCGAGUGACCUCUAGUGGGGUUUCCCACUGAAAAAGUUCUACGCUAGGAAAGGAAAAGGAGGAGCUUUGCCCCACAAACCGGAAAGUUAGGUUUCCAUCUGCAUUACAGAUCUAAACCACUAGUUUCAGAACUGCCAUAACUUUCAGGCCUUCCUCCAUAACCACAACUCUGGCUUGGAGUAAGUUCCCAGAGUUCCUGAACUGAAAAUGGUGGAAGCUUACUUUGAGAUGGUUUCAGAAGAAGGUUAGACAAAUACGUGAGAUAAAAGGCUAAGAACAGCCUACUAGUCCUCCUGGCUGUAGGCUAGUUCCCAGAAUCAGAGGCAAGUUUGUCCCAGAACGUCACUUGCUGAGACAAGGCUCAAACUGAUUCAGUACUGGUUUAAAUUGACAGCGUAGACUUGCCCCUGGGUCUCUGCUGUGUGCGUUGUGCCUGAUAUUUAUCGUGCAGCGGCAAACACUUAAGAGAGCGCCCAGUAGCUCCUGGCAACUCUUUUAACUUUCUUUUGUACUAUUUACAUGUAAAGGGAUUUAUUUUUUUCCCCAUUCUUCCACGGAACGCUUUCACUGUAUGAAAAUAGGAAUGUGAACAUAUAUAACCUUGUUUAUUCGAGCGUCUCGAGCACUUACCGUAUUUUUGUAUAAAUAAAAUGUUUUAGAUUAAAUGAA